AUGACUAUUCCCAGAAGAUGGCAGCCACCUGCCGUUGAUAAGAAGACACGGUGGCUGGACUGGUGGUUCAGGUUCGCAACGACUGGUAUUGCAAGCAUGUUCGCCUACAAGACGGUGAACGACAAAGACACACCAGACUCUGAAAUUGACGACAUCGAGAUGCAAGAGAUCGCUGUCAACUCUGCCGAUCACGAUGAUUGCGAAAACGCGUCGAGACCAGAAAGAAGCCAGCAGGAUAUGAAGAGCACUUCGCAAAAUACAGUCGCUCCAGAGGAUACAAACGAACGGUGCACUCACAAUAACCCCGGAGCUUAUGAGUACUCGAGUCUGAAGAGGACGAUGGGUUUAAGAGCACCGCGCUGA